AUGGCAACAUUUAUGUUUCAGGGGUCUCAUAACUCGUGCGUGACUUUCCACCACUAUUUUUUUUGUUUUGUUUAACUUAAACUGAAAUUUUAAAAUGUAUACUGUCUCAAAAGGACCCAGCAAAAUUGUAGCUAAAACAAGAAGAGGUCUUUCGCAGAACUUGGAGAGACUAGAUAGCCGCAAAGACAAUAAUAGGAAGUCUUCAGAAUCUGAUAAUGGAGAAAUUAUGAGUAUGCCCAAACCAGUAUUUCAUUCCAACGGAAAAAAGACGAUACACCAAAGAAUACAGCACCACGUGAUAACACCACAGCAUGAGGAGCUCAUCAGGUUUAUUAGUGAAACGUGGACACAAUCCGCCUAUGGUGAUAGUGAGCCAUCAACACCUACAACCUCAAUUGCCUCUGGCAGCUCAUCGCCCGUUCCCCCCUCCAGCCUAUACUACCAGGACGACCCCAGCCCCGUCCUGCAGGACUUCAAGCCGUUCGACCUGGAAACGUGGUGGGGCAAGCGACUGUUCCAGAACAUCACCAACUCGCUCUGAACCGUGGAACGUAGUAUGUUAGCGUAAGUCACAAUCAUGUACAGUUUACUAAAUUUUUCUACCGAUAAUGUUAGAAGCUACGAUGAGAGAUCUAUUUAGAUGUAAAGUCGUUUUGUUGAAGCUUGAAGCUGAAAUAGUGAAAAAUCACUAGGUAUCAUAUCAUUUAAAUACUACAUUUUUCUUAUUCAAUCCAGCCAUUUUUUGUGGAGAAAGAAUAUUAAUCCGGUGGUACCCUAAUUACAAAACAAUUAUUUAUUUAAUCUUUAUUAGACAAAACAAAUACAUUGAACAAAAGCGAACUCAAUGCCAUGAGACAUUCGGGCCUAACAAUGUUAAAAUAUUUUGCGGUGAUUUAAUACUGGGUGAACUCUUCAAUUUGUAAUGGACAUUUGAAUAUAAACUAGAUUUUCUCAUCAAUUAUUUUGUGCACAAAUACAAAUUGUUACAUUGCUAGUAACUUCAUAUAUAUUUAAUGUAUGGUUGAAGCUACUGUUUGUAAAAAAAGUACAAAUUGAACCAUAAAAUAUUAAUAGGAAAAUCAUGCCACAUUGUAUGUAUCAUUACCAUACAUCGGGGUUUUGGGAGCGGGAAUGAUUUACACUAGCCCAAAAAGGGUGAAAACGAUGAACAACAGACAUUACUAUAACAUUUCUAGGUACAUUUGGAGCCAGAUACAUAGUUUAAUCUAUAUUUCAGUAAUUCAAGAUACUAUAAACAGAGUUAUAAAUACACAAAUUCAUUCCCGCUCCCAAAACCCCAAUGUAUGAUCAUUACCAUUAGGAUCACAAACUUUGGUAAAUUUCGUCGUAUUUUACCCGUUACUUUUAUUUGUCAAGACUUUAUAAGAACCACAGUAUAAGGACGACUCAGUAGUUACUCUCUCUGGCAUCUGCGACGCGAAAGGUACCUACUGCGUUAGAAAGCACGUGGUUGAACAAAAUUACCAUAAAUGUUACUGGACUUCGUCCAAAGUAAGAUGUUAUCUAAUACUGUCAACUAUAAGUACAUAUUUGUACCUAUGACAAUACCACAUCAUAUAAGUCAGAAAACACAAAAAGUAUUAAUUUACAUAUUAAAUUUAUCCAUGUUAAUCCAAAAUCGCUUGCAUGUGUUGCGUACGUACACGAUGCGCGUGUGUGCACACAGCGGCGUACGUUUCUUAGAAGAGUUAUCACUGGUUUAUAUUGUACUUCAAUACAAUGUUAAAUUUAGUAACCUAUACUUGAUUGUGGAUCUCAUCUCGUUAUCGUAAGUGAAUUUUCCAGAAGCUCAAAUCGUUUGCGACUAGCAUUGUUUUACGAACCAAUAUUUUGUAAGAUUGUUGUAUUGUGUAUUGUUCUUAAUGCCUGAGAUUUUAUUAAAACUUGAGCUAGUUUUGCAAGACAAAGUGCAGAAUGUCAUCAAUAAUAUCAAAUUUCUAUGAAAAUUAAAUUUUAAUAAUGACUAUCCCACACUUUGUUAUGUUAAAGUUGGUGUAAAGAUAGACAGACUAUGCUAAGUUUGCACGUGCAAUUUUAAGUAUGGUGCUGCCAUACUUUAUCAUUGCCAAAUUGCUGUAAACUUACUACAGACAAUUUUUUAUACAAAAGAUUAGUUUCCAACUUUUCCAAGACAAGACACACAUAAAAAAAUGUGUCCAACCAAGUAAAAAACAAAAUUGGUGACGCAGCAACCAUGUCCGUUUACAUGAAAAUGGUUCGCUUUUCAAGCUUUUGACCCAUUUACGACGGAAUUCAUCUCAUUCUGUAUACCUACAUGAAGUAUAGGUAUGAUUGAUAGUUUUGCAGUCACGGUAUCUAUGUUUCUUACCCACGGGGAAACUGGUUUAUUGCAAAACAAAGUCAUACCUAUUUAUCAUUACCAAAGUUUUAAUUGCAGUUUAAACUGCUAGCCUCGUGGCCAUUUAAAUAUAAAGCAAUUUUACAACAUGCAUGUUUCCAAUAUAUUGAACAGUGAUAUGAUUAUUAAAAAGACAAACUUUCCUACAUAAUUAUUAAUAAUGAUAUAAUAAGUGCCUCCAGACAGCAAUAUUUCGAAUAGAUUGCUCUUGAUUCAAAGUGGAUUGACCUUUUCUUGUUAUAAUUUGUUACAUUUUGUCAUAGGUAUGUCUCUUGGGUCACUUUUUAAACAUUUUAUGUAUAUCAUAAUUUAACACAGCUUUCUAGUUGUCUACUAUGUAUGUGAAUAUAAUUAUUUUGAUUAUUUUAAAGAAACUUACUUUUGUCCCCUGGCUAACGAGAUAACAAGAAAUAGUUGAACCAAUUUUUAUCACACUUCAGCUUUUUUUAUUAAGAUUCGUCGUAGAGUGUAGGUAUAUAUUUUUUAUUUAUAUAUGUAUUUUCUAUCUCCUAAUCCCAAAUAGUUGUUUCUAUUCUUCCUUUUAUCUCCUAGGUACGUUAAAAUUAUUUUUGUUCAGAAUAGAUAAUUUAUCAGAUGGAUUUUAAUUUACAUAUAUUUACUAUUGUUAUAGUAUCAGUAUUCAUGUUAUGUACGAUGUUAGCUGUUAUACAAUACACCAAAGAUAAAUCGUAAUUCAUAUUGUUACUGUUUGUCAAAGAUGAGUUCUGGAAGGCAAGCAUGGUGGUGCGAUAAAUGAUAAAUAUCAGGCCGUCCCUAUGGAACUUACUAAUAGUGCGAUAGGGACGGCCUGAUAUUUUAUCAUUUAUCGCGCCACCAUACUUGCCUGCCUGAUAUUGAUUGCUUGCGUACGAAGUACGUUCCUUUGAUUUUUUUUUUGUAUCGUCAAUAUCGUCAUCGUGGCUCGAAUGUAAUAUACACCGUGGGCCUGAAUAACCCGAAAGAUUUUAAAAGUGUAUUCCUGAUCACAUUUAGAGACAUAAUGUCAUAUAAACUUUUCUGGAUAUCGCCUAGUUUCAAAGUUAUUACACCAACCAAUUGAUAAAGAAAAAUAUUUUCUUAUGUUACUCAGUACAAAAGGCCUAAUUAACGGCGUUGAUGCUAUUAUGGAGAUCAGUCUCACUAUCCUCAUUGAUAGAUGUCAAAAAGUGAGUCUCUGAGAGUGAAACUUUAAUACCAAAUUUAUCUAUAAAACGAUGCCAUAUAUAUGCUUUUAAUUUUGUUUUAAGGCUACGUAACUUAGUAAAUGCAAUCUAAAAUGUUAACUCGUUUCAACUAUUAUUACCUAGUCCCUACAUGGCGCCAGGUCAACAAUUUUUAUUUUAAACUAUGGAUAAUAAACAUGUCUUCCAGAACGUGCAACUUAAUAAUGAAAUGUUAUAGGUAAUUGCUAAGAUGUGUGAUGUGUCUUAAACAAACGGUUUUAAAUUGUUUAUUGUAAUUCAAACGAAUUAUUUUUAUGGAGCAUCAUUUGUUAGCGGAUCAACUUUUGUCAUGUAUCUCCCGGGUCACUAAAUCACGGUGUUAUAUAAAUUGAAACAUGAUUUUAGUUAUACACGAUGUGACAUGAGGGAACCGAAAGAUUACUACGCAUUUCGGAGGGCAAAAUAAAGAUAAAACGUUUAAUAUGACGUCUAGUAAAUUUCGCCAAAAAAAAAUUUUUGUUUAGUUUUUUUGGAUGUAUUUUCACAUAAAAAGCGAAUGUUAUUCGUAAAACUGGCACUUAAAAUAAAAAUUUACAUUAAAAAAAAACUUUUUUGUAAUGAGUUACUAGUCCUCACGUUACACCGUGUAUAACCGUAUAAUGGCCCUUAUACUAAGGUUAUUAAUUAUCAUACAACAGUUAUUUUAACAAACUGUGGUAAUAAUAAUUAUGUGCCCUGCACGGGA